AACCCUAAAUUUUCUGAAAUAUCCUCUCUCUCUCUCAUGCUGAAGCCCUACACUCCCCACCACAUGACUCUGCCAAUUAGGGUCGGGUCUAGCCCGGCUAAUAGGAAUUUACUCCUCCUCGAGGCAUGGAGUCAGCAAACCCGCUGGAACCGGAGUUCCCAUGAAUUUGCUCGUCGAGCUUUCUUCCCGACACUAACCAAUUCAAAGCCUACCGUGUCGUGUUCAGCGACUGUCUCUGCUAAACCUGGCCUCGACGAUUGUCUAACGGUUUUAGCAUUAUUGCCAUUGCCACCCGAACCUCUUAUUCCUGGUUUUUACAUGCCACUCUAUGUAGAGGAUCCUAAAGUACUUGCAGCUUUACAAGAGAGCAAAAGCGGAGAAACUCCAUAUGCAGGGGCUUUCCUUUCGAAGGAUGACAAAGACCCUUCACCUGUGAUUCACCAAGUUGGCACACUAGCUCAGAUUAUAAGUAUCCAAGGUGAGCAAGUUAUCAUUAUUGGUCGCGGACGAAUUCAAAUAACAGAGACGGUGAGUAACGAUCAUCCUCUAACUGUCAAAACUCAUCAUCUAAAGGAUAAGCCAUAUGACAAGGACGAUGAGGUCAUCAAGGCAACAUACUUUGAGGUUAUUUCUAUGCUUGGGGACGUUUUAAAGACGACACCACACUGGAGGGAGCAAGUUCAGAAAUAUUCACAGGAUAAUAUAGGUGACUCCAACUACCGAAAGUUGGCCAAGUUUUUACUAAAAAAAAGAAGUAAGUUAACCGAUUCUAGGGCUGGGAUCUUUGAGGCUAUCGACUUCAAUUAUUCAAAGUUAGCCGAUUUUGGAGCCGGUAUCUCUGGCGCUAACGAACUUAAACUUCAGGAGGUUCUUGAAGAAUUGGAUGUUCAUAAGCGUCUGGACUUGACUCUGGAAUUGGAAUCCACAUCAGAAACUGAUGAAGACGAGAAGGAGGCUGAAACGUUUAGGAAAAGGAUUGAACCUAUUAAAGAGAAAAUUCCGAAACAUGUAUUAAAAGUCAUAGAAGAACAGUUUGCGAAGUUUGAUAGGAUAAGGCGCAAUUACGGUAGCACAGAUGAUAUCUAUGACUACCUUGAUUUGUUGACCUCGUUGCCUUGGGGGAAAUGCAGUGAUGAGAAUUUUGAUGUCCUACGGGCAGAAAAGAUUCUUGACGAGGAUCAUUACGGAUUACGUGAUGUAAAAGAAAGAAUACUAGAGUUUAUUGCUGUGGGAACACUUACAGGCAAUCCAAACGGGAAGAUCAUUUGUCUCUCUGGCCCUCCUGGGGUAGGAAAAACUAGUAUUGCUCGUUCUGUCGCACGUGCUCUUGGCCGCAAGUUCUUUCGGCUAGCUGUUGGAGGACUAUCUGAUAGUUCCGAGAUUAAGGGUGACCGUUCAGUAUGCAUUGGUUCCAAGCCCGGAAAGAUGGUGCAAUGUCUAAAGCAAGUGGGAACAGAGAAUCCUCUUGUUCUGCUCGAUGAGAUUGAUAAGCUUGGAAAGUGUAGUAAAUACGAUCCAGAGGGUGCGUUGUUGGAGCUUCUAGAUCCAGAGCAAAAUUCACACUUUCUAGAUUACUUUCUUGAUGUUACUAUCGACUUAUCAAAGGUUUUGUUUGUAUGCACAGCAAAUGAUACAGAUAAGAUUUCGGGUCCACUGAUAGAUAGAAUGGAGGUUAUAAAACUGGCAGGGUACACUACCGAUGAGAAAAUGCAUAUUGCUAGAGACUAUCUGGUGAAAACUGUCAGUGAAAAAUGUGGUAUUAAGCCUGAAAAGAUUGAUGUGAGCGACGCGGCUCUUCUUUCCUUGAUAGAGAACUACUGCAGAGAAGCAGGAGUUCGAAAUCUCCAGAAGCAGAUUGAGAAAAUUUUUCGUAAGAUUGCUCUUAAACUUGUGCGCCAACGAGCAAAGACCAAGAAAACCAGAGGGGUAGCUGAAAAGUUUAUGAUUGAGGAAACAAACCUUGCAGAUUAUAUAGGCAAACCGGUUUUCCUAGGAGAGAAGAUCUAUGAGCAGACACCAGUCGGGGUUGUAAUGGGUCUAGCUUGGACAUCCAUGGGCGGUUCAACAUUGUACAUAGAGACAACCUUUGUUGAAGAAAGUGAAGGCAAAGGUGGUCUUCAUAUAACGGGCCACCUUGGUAAUGUGAUGAAAGAAAGCGCAGAGAUAGCUCACACAGUUGCCAGAAGAAUAAUGUUUGAUAAAGAUCCCAAGAACCUCUUCUUUCCGAACUCCAAGCUUCAUUUACAUGUUCCUCAAGGAGCCACACCAAAAGACGGUCCAAGCGCAGGCUGCGCAAUGAUCACUUCCUUGCUGUCACUUGCCAUGAAGAAGCCUGUAAGAAAGGAUCUUGCAAUGACCGGAGAAGUCACUCUGACCGGUAGGAUUCUUCCAAUUGGCGGUCUUAAGGAGAAGACUAUGGCUGCAAGGCGGAGUCAAGUGAAGGUGAUAAUAUUCCCAGAGGCUAACCGGAGAGAUUUUGAGGAUCUUGAGGAAAGUGUUAAAGAAGGACUCAAUGUUCAUUUCGUUGAUGUUUAUGAACAGAUCUUCGAGCUAGCCUUUGGCUAUGACCAAUAGAAGACAGUUCCACAAAUCACUUUCACUUGGGAUCAUCCUCUUUUGUUGUUUUUUCUUAUCAAAAAAAAAAAAAAACUGAUCUUCUAUAGACUGAUCUUUUGUUGUUUUUACUAUAUAUACUAUUGAUA